UCAAUGGGUACUACAUGUUCCUCUGAAAAAUUUAAAAUUUCCCCAACUGCAUCUACUUGUGAACUCUUAAGCUGUGAUCACCCUCUCAUUUUAGUGGCUCAUCAAUGCAUUUAAAACAUUGAUUUAAUAGGAGAAUUAGAAGCUGCACCAAUUGUUGUUCAACAAUAUAGCAAGAAACUUAAAGAUUCUAGUUAAGUACUUAAACCUGCAUUGGAAAGAUUAGAGAAUGAAGAACAGAAUUUUCUUAAGAUCUGGAAUCUGAUUGUUUCAAUAUUAAAAAAUGUUUCUUCUCUAAUAAAGGCAGCUUUGUAAGACCCUUUAUUUAUUGAAUAUCUUCCUAUUAUCUCCUAUAACCUUAAAGAAUAGUAAAAUGAUUUAGAGAUGCUAAUAAACCAGAAGAGAGGUCAAUAGUAGAUUAAGAGAGCUUAAUCUCAUAUUAUAUAGAGCAGAGUUAUUAGAAUUAACAAGAGACAUUAAACCGAUAAGAUUUGAA